UAAUUGUCUUUUAGCAUAUCGGGUCUCAUGUUUGCAUAUUAUUUAAUCAAGAUCAUUAGUUUAAUUUCCCUAAUAACAUUUUAAACCACUUAUUAUUUUAUCGUAUAUGAUCUGGAUUCGUGCGUUUAUCUUAUCAGAUCAACGACCAUAUGUCAACGACAAAUCAUUGUAUCGUGUUGUUAUUGUUUAACCUCUUUUAUACUAGACCUAGUUAUGUUUCCAUAUCUGAUCUUUAUUCAUUCGUUAACCUCAUAUGACGCAUGAUGAUGUCAAUGAUAAAUUUGUAUAUUGUUUUCUAAAUAUGACAUCUCUUACAUAUCUACAUGCAUCUAAAUGGCUUUUAUUGCACCUAUUCUAUAUCUAUGUGUUUUCUUCAUCUGAUAAAAACCUUGAAGGUGUCAUUGAAAAAUCAUUUUUUGGUUUAAUAUAUUUUAGGCUCUUACACGGAACAAAAAGUUGGCUGUCAAAUAUUUGCGAGACAAAGAUAAUAAAUAAUCAGAUGCCAAUAAUAUGUGACUGCAAUCGAUGAAUCUAUAGUUUGAAUCUCCUAAUAAUACACUGUGGUCACUGCGCAAUGGUACAAUCAUUCAGAUUUGCUUGAUAAAAUGAUUUUUCUUACAACUUGAUGCUCUUUAUGACCCAGGCGAAAUUUUCAAUACACAUGAUAAAUGUUGACUGAGUCUUUUUUUUUUUUUUGAAGAGUUGUUUGUACAAUGUAAAUGCAUCAGGGUGUUGAAUACUAUUUAACACCAAAUACACCCUACGGUAUAAUUUAAAACAGGAAUGAUUGAACAGUGGACAAGAAACCUUCUUAUUAUAAAGGAUCCUAAAAGGAAUGGCGACGAUAACAAUUUCAGAAGAACAAAGUAUUUUGAAGGGGACGAAGCGUAAAUUAAAAAAUGCUCCUGUUAGAGCGGACAAGAUAGAGCAACUUGUCUUCCCAUCAGAAAACUUCCAUUCUGUACAUUUAUCCCAACAGUCUAUUAAGCAUAAUUACCAUCUGCUAAUUGCACCUUCUGAUGAAACAUCAAAAGAAUGGAACGAAGUUGGUAGCUUGUACAAGUCAAUAUUCACUGACCCUCUGCUAGUUAUAGCCAGCAACGACAACAAUGUUGACGAUUUAGAAUUCAUCGUUGGAAAAACCUUCGAGAAGGUAGAGGCAUCCGACAGUCGUUACAUACACCUAGGCACCGAUCUCAGCAAAUCAAGCAGCCUUUUUUGUAGACCAUAUGCGUUAAUAUAUAUUAUUGAAACUGAAUGUAAAAGAGGAAAACCAUGUUUACGUAGUCAGGAUUUAUCUCUGUUAGCAUCGUAUAGAUAUGUCAAGGAAGCAUCUGAUUCCAUUGUUUAUGUCAUACAGAAUACCACACAAAAUCAGAAAUACACAGCCGAUGACCUGAUGAUUGUCAGUAAUGCAAUUGAAGAGGUUUUGACAUUAGAUACGACCAGCAUAUAUAAAAACAUUUUCUUAGAGACGGACGUCGAAUUGUUUGUUCGUUUAGGGCUAACAAUGCAAAAUCAUAUCCUAUCAGGCAUCCUAUCAUUGAAAGAAAUAUUGUCAAAUUGUAAAAAUCCAAACAAACAUAUACUUAGACAUACCAUGCAGACUAGAGCUGCAACAAAAGAUGAAAACAUGCAACACAAUAAAAAGACACGUCAUGUACCACUGGAUUCCAACAUUGAUCGUAUAACAACUUUACAAAAUCUUCUAGAAGACGAAAUAUCCAAGAUCAGCAACAAUGUUACUUUACACGCUUGGAAGAUUCUACCUUUGAGAUAUCAGACUAUCAUAAUGGGAGAUAGAAAGUUAGAUUGUGAUACUUCAUCUGAAUGGAAACCUGAAUUAAAAUAUGACUUUGAUCCGAUUACUAGUGACGAUGAAAUUGUAACCGUUGACUUGGGUGGUACACCGAAACAAUGUUUAAAGAUAGGAGAUGCAUUACAGCAUUUAGUUACAAUGGCCAGGGUGAUUCCGGAUUACAGAAAACACAUACCGAGUAUCAGAAAUAUGGAAAUGGAUGAUGAUGAUGUCAUAAUAUGUGCAUUUGCAAAAUCAGGGACACACUGGUUAUGGGAAAUAACUUCCAUGCUGAGAAAUGGAAAAGCAGAUUAUCAUGGAAAAGAGAAAACUUCAGUCAUGUUGGAAUUCAUUCCUACAGAAGUAUUAAGGGCUUCGCCAAAACCUCGUAUUUAUAAUACUCAUUUCACGCCUCAAAGAUUACCAAAGCAGAUAUUUGACAAAAAGUGCAAGAUUCUGUUCCUUCAAAGGAAUCCGAAAGAUGUAUUAGUGUCAUUUUUUCCGUUUCUCCAGGGUCAUAAAUUCAUAGAUUCUACGAUUAAAUGGGAGGAAUUUGUCUCCAAGUAUAUGGAAUUAGAAGUGGAAUCUUCGUUACUGAACUGGUUUUACUAUACAAGACAGUGGUUUGAGUUCUUGAAGGAAGGACAUGACAACAUUUACUGCUUAGCAUAUGAAGACAUGAAAGACGAUCCAGUGAGGGAAAUAACGAAACUUGCUAAAUUUCUAGAAAUUGAAGAAAACAGUGACUUGGUUAAAGAUAUAGCAGUAAAAAGUAGUUUCCAAAACAUGAAACAAGCAGCGAGUUCAAAGCAGAAAACGUUUGCAAUCAAUAAUAAAGAAGUGGCUAAGAAAAUUACAAACUUAACAUACAGAAAAGGUGAGGUUGGAGACUGGAAAAACUACUUUACCGUUGCUGUCAACGAGAAAUUCGAUACUCGGUAUGCCAAAAAGAUGAAAAGAAUAACUUUUAAAUAUCGCUAUUCUUUAUAACUUGUUACUUAUGAAUACAAUCAUAAUAGUUUAAUAACAGACUUAUAACCAAAUUAUAAUAUAUGAGGAUCUAAUUAGAUUCGUAUUCACCCUCUCUUUCUGUGACUUUUAAUUGUGAUGUGAAUCGUAAGGUUUGCAAUCUCAUUGACGUAAACGAAUUCAAGUUGACCAAGCCAUUAUUACGGACAAAGAAGCAAUGAGAUAAAGCACAAAAUAAAAAUCAUUGAAAAAGCAAUGGUACACUAGAAGGACGAUGAUAACAUGAAGUAUCCUUAUGAUAUGAAAAUAAAAUUGCAAUCACCUUUUUGGUUUUGCUUUGAUUUUGAUGGCAUAAUUUACAAAAAUGAAUACACACUGCCGGUGGAGAUUUCCUCUCCGAUGGUAUUCCUAGCUGAUGCAAAGCUCUGAUUUUCUUGCUCGGCUAUGGCUUUCCUUUUUUAUUUAUAAGCUCUUCAUUUGUAUUAAUAAGUUUUGGAUGUUUUAAUAUUUUGGCUCUGAGAAUCAUUGAAGAGACAUUUUUUUGUCAAAAUGCGUUUCUGGUGCAUACAAAUUUGUACCGUAAAUGUCAUUAUGUAACUACUUAAAUUGUAAACCAAUUUACUAAUAGUAUCCGUAUGUUUAUAUCUUUCAAUGCAUACAAGAUACUUGCAUGUACUUAUUUCUUCUUGAAUAUUUCAUACGAUCAUGCCAUUAUUUCUUUAUGGAUAUUGUUUUUUUUUUAUUAUUGCUAACAGUUUCAGUUGCUUUCAUCUAUAAGUAACCCACACAUUAUUCUAAGGAUGGAUUUCAUAUAUCUGGAUACAUUUAGUUCAGAAAAUAAAAUAUUUUUAUCAUUUU